AAACCCAGCUUUUUCAGUGUCUUACAAAUCACUCAACUCACAUGUAAUGAAAAUUAUACACCAACAGAGUCUCCUGAUAAACAGUUAGAGACAGAGGAUGUGCCAAACCCCAAAGAAACUUUCACCACCCACAAAAAUUACUGCUACGUCUGCAAGAAACCUCAGUCUAAAAUUUCACGUCACUUCAAACAGCAUCAAAACAGUGAGAUGGAAAUUGCUGCUGCAUUCUCUCUCCCUAAACACUCCAAGGACAGAAAACAGUUACUUGAGAAGCUACGAAACAGAGGCAACUACCAACACAAUCAAGAGGUUAUAGAAAGAAAAAGAGGACCACUGAAAAUUAGGAGGCGCACAGGAAGAUCAGAAAUCGAGCUGAGUGCCAAAACAUUUGUGCAUUGUGUAUACUGUAAAGGCCUGUUUGUUCGCAAGGAGCUGUGGCGCCAUACACGGAGAUGCCCUUCAAAGGUGUCUGAAGCAACUGGCAAGGCCAAAGUAUUAGAUUUGGCUGAUAUUGCAGAGUCAACAUUCUCCCAACCAAUAUCUCCUGAGGUGUGGAAGAUCUUGGGAAAUAUGAAGAAUGAUGACAUUUCAUCAGUAGUUCGAAAUGAUUUCCUCAUACUUCAGUUGAGUCAAUGUCUUUACAACAAGCAUGGCAGUGAUCCAUCAAAAUCAGAAUACAUCAGACAGAAGGCUCGAGAAAUGGGCAGACUCUUGCUAAGAUUGAGAAGAAAAUACUCAAUGUAUAGCUUUGAAGAUGCUGUGAAACCGAACCAUUUUUACAAAGUCCUUGAGGCUGUGAAAGAUGUUGCUGGUUACGAUGAAAAGAGCCAUUUGUAUAAGACGCCAAAUCUUGCACUGAAGUUAGGACAUUCACUUAACAAGAUUGGUGACGUUAUUCUCUGCAGGGCCAUCGCAGUAGAGGAUGAUGUUAUGACAAAAGCAGCAGAGCAAUUCAAAAGACUGUGCUCAAGUGAAUGGGCAGGACAUGUCUCGCAUGCUGCUCUUGCUACUUUGAACAAAUCAAAGUUCAGCAAACCAUCUACUUUACCAUUCACACAGGACGUGCAGCUUCUCCACCAGUACCUAGAAAAGAAAUCAGUUGAAGCUUCUGAAAGCCUAAAAAAUCACGAGUCUUCACAGACAUAUGCAGAACUUGCCAAAGUGGCACUUGCACAAGUAAUAAUAUUCAACAGGCGUUGUGUAGGAGAAGUUUCAAAAAUGACGCUCGAGUGCUUUAAGAAAAGAAACCAGACUGAGCUCCACAAGGACAUAGCUCUCGGUCUCUCUCCAUUUGAACAAAAAAUGUCCAAGCAUUUCAGCAGAGUAGAAAUCAUGGGCAAGAAAGGGAGAAAACUAGCAAUGGAAAAAGGAAAUCUCGCAAGAUUCCAAGGAAAACCUCUCGAUGAAAUUGAGAUUGAAGAUGAAAUUGAUCUGGAAUUAGACGAUGAAGAAAUAAGUGAUGAAGAUGAUGAAGAGUCAGAUCCUGCUCAUGGAGUAAGGGAAAAUAAAAUCGGGAUGGAGUUGACCCAGGAAGAGGCAGAAAGUUCCAAUGGAAAAAGAAAAAUGUCCCCAGAUGAGGCUGAGAGCUCCACAG